AUGUUAAAUAAAGAACUCAAACCAAUUAAUGGACCAUGCAAUAAUGGAGAUACCGAUGGUAAAGGCAAAACCAGAGCUAUCACUAAAAUCAUCACUAAAACUGUCAAUAAUACAUCAGAAAUCAAUGCACUCAAAGCUGGAGUCGAAAAGUUCUUCAAGGUGGUCAAUGUCAAGAUGAUCUCAGAGAGAGAACUAAAGAAAGAAGAAGAUAGUCCUGAUGUCGCGGAAGCUAUUCUUGAAGCUGCUUUGGCAAAUACUAGAACUACAUCAACUUUGGUGGGUGCUGCCACAUUGUCUCAAAGAGAACGUGUCGAAAAAGUUAGAACUAAAGAUGGUGAUCCAAUUCCAUCACAACAUAAACAUACAAAUGCUGCAAAGAGUGUUCAAAAUACUACAAACUUUUAUUAG